UUGCAGGCUGGCCGAUCGUACGAGCGUAUUGUGUGUGUGUACGAACAUAGAGCGUCCGAUUGCAUAAGGUUCGUGUAAAGCAGCUUCCGGCCGUGGGAACAACACCAUAGUUUGUGUGCCGAGAAGCGACGCCCCUUGUCUCCUCACAGUCCCAUCUUUGUUCUUGCUUCGUAACUUGAACUCAUCACGACCAAAUAGAGUCUUUGACUAGGUGUACCCUUUGGUUGCCAUGGUUAAAAGUCUUCAUUAUUUUAUAUUACCUUUAAUUGGUAAUGCCCUAAUUCUAAAUACACCACCUGAAUAUCAACCUGGAUAUGGUUAUGUUGGACCAGCAUGUGCUGUAUUUGACAGUACCCUAUUCCUUCAUGGUGUUUCCAAGCGAAAGUUGAAUGAUCACGAACUACACAUAUUUAGUUCGUAUCAGCAUGAUCUAAGUGCAUUCAAAGAUUCAUCAUCUUCAUUUGAUUCUUUCGAAGCCUCGUUUCCUACAAUUCCAAAAUUCUGUGGAGGGUAUGAUGAUUCUAUUGAAGUGGUGUUGGAUUCUUGUAUUGUUCGAAAUAAUCACGUCUACGUUGGAGAUCAUCUUAUCCGACCAUUAACAAACUUUGAGAAACAGAAAAUACAGUUAGUUAAAAUGAGACGAAUGUAUGGAGAAUCAAAAAGGAAACGUAGCAAAAGAAGCUCGAAACCAUUGCCUGGCACACGACCACAAAGAGAUUUUAGUGAAAUGCUUCACAAACUUUUGAAUAUUAACUCUACAGUAACUUCUCGAUUCCUUCCAGUAGUUAGUCAAAGUCCUCUCUUUGCAAUGGAAGGUCCGUGGCAGAAUUUGUUUGAACUCGGGAAAGAUAAGGAUAUGAUUGAAUUAUUAGCUGCUUCACAAUUUAAACCCCAAUUACCACCCGUUGCAUCAGUUCCAGUAGCUCCAGUCAUUGAUAUUACGAAGAUUGAUUCUCCGUAUAGAGCCACUUUUACAACAAUGAAACCAAGAAAAUCACAGAAACCAGAAAAAAAGAAAGAAGUUUUCAAUGUUUUCACUACUAAAACUAAUCCUCAAAUUACCACGACUACUAUGACAACCACAACAAGAACAUCCACAGCCAUUCCAACAACUACCACAACUCCAAGACAAAUAUCACUUCAAACGAUUCCAUUUUCAACCACAACUAGACAACCAAAUUUUGAUAAAACCAAGACUCCUGCAACAAUGCCAUCAGCUUCUUCUUCUUCACUUUCAAGUAUUCAAACAGUUGUUGAUCCAAUUAUCUUGAAGUUAAUUUCAAAGGCAUUGGAAAAAAAUGAAAUGAUUGAUGAAUAUUCAUUGAAACAGGCUCUAUCGAUGAGAAAUGUUGCAACUACUACUACUCCUCUUCCACUUCGUUUCAUUCUUCCAACACCUGCAGCCCCAAAUCCAUUUCUACCGUCUACAAGAGUUGGAGGUCUUUCUCAUAAUCAUCUAUUCAUUCCCCAUCAACCGUUUACUACUCUUGUUUCGACCGAUUCUAGAUAUUCUGCACCGAACCCUCUUUCUCAUCGACUUCCAAACGAGAUUUGCCGAGUUCAUAUGAAUUCAAAUCCUUUCCAUUUUUAGUUUUAUUACUCUACCAAAUAAUUAAACAGACUUUUCCUAUCGGGUCCCCUAAUUUUCUUUCAUUUUUCAGGCAUCUCGGUUGUUUUUUUCAAAGUAUUUUGACCUAAUUUUCCAUGUUGAAAUUAAUAAAAUAUUUAUUAAAU